AUGGGAAACUGCUGCAGCUGCCAGGACCUUUCUCUGUCGUUGUUGCAGAAAGAGGAGAACCCGACACCCACUCCCUCCUACCACUCCAAGCGCGAAUCUUCUAAGUCGCAAGGAAAAUGUGCAUAUGCCGCUGUUUCUCCUGAGAGCAUCGGUUUGUUGAUCCAUCAACAAAAUGCCAAGCAGGCAGGCAGGCGCGAGGAGGAGGAGGAGGAGGAGGAGGCUCCGCGGAGCAAGGGGCCAUCCUUGAAGGAGAAGCUCAAGGCGUCAUUGCGCAAAGAUGAGUUCGACGACGCGUCUGAAGCUCUGACAUCGGACGAUUUUGCCGAUGCUCAAAACUCGUGCGAAGACAAAGAUCAAGUCUCCACACGUGCGGGUAGCCCGGAGCCUGUCGGUGGACUGACGGAGGAGGAGAUCGGUCGGUUACGUCGAAGUGUAGAGGAGGUUGUGAGGGAAAUGGCAGAUCACGAAAGCGUCGUGCUCCGUCGGGAUUUCUCGCGUCAGAGGGAGUCGUGUGUCCUCAAAGUCCCUUCGGACGAGUAUGGGAGCAUCGCCGCCGCGCUGUCUGCCGCCAUGUCCGGGGAUGUUGUGGAGGUCAGCGAAGGAGUUUACAGAGAAAGCAUAUGCAUAGCAGCAGCAGAUGUGGACAUUAUCGGCAUCGGAAGCAUCAACAAGAUUGUCGUGGAGUCAACCAGCAAGCCCGUCCUCGUGUUCAGGGCCAUCAAGGGACUGGUGCGGAACUUGACGCUGAGACAAGUGGGAGGAGGAUGCGAAUGUGCUGUGGAGAUCUCCACGGGGAGUUUGGUGAUUGACAGGUGCGACAUCUCGGGUCAGAGCGACUCGGUCCUUCACAUCACUGGCACCCACACUUCUCCCUCUAUUCUCAACUCCGUCAUCCACGACUCCACCGGCGCCGGCUUCCUGGUUGAGGGAGGAGCGAGUCCUGUGAUCAGCGGCAAUGACAUCCAUGGGCAUCAUCUGGAUGGUCUUGUGGUGAAGGAAGGAGGAAAUCCGACGGUGAGAGGGAACGACAUUCAUGGCUGCAAGACGACGGGAGUUCUCGUGAGAUCUGGAGGACUGGGGACUUUUGAAGAUAACAACAUCCGAUGCAACGCAAUCUCCGGAGUGAUUGUUCAUGACUGUGGGAACCCUCGAUUCUUCCGCAACAAGAUCAUUGAGGGAAUGGGCAAGGGGAUCGAUGUGUACGAUCGGGGGUGCGGACAUUUCGAGGAGAACACCAUCAGUCACAACACGAUGGACGGGCUGAUUAUCAAGACGGGAGCGAAUCCUAUCGUUCUGAACAACAAGAUACACAACAAUCGAGGCAACGGAGUGUACGUGUUUGAAGAAGGGCAAGGAGUGUUGGAAGGAAAUGAUAUCUACGAGAAUGAGUCAUCUGGCAAGGGAGUGCUUGAGGCUAACGAGAUCUACGAGAACAAGAUGGACGUUUGUGGCUUGCUCGUGUCUAAGGGAGUCACAGGCGUCACGAUCAAGAGCGGAGGAAAUCCUUCGGUCAUGUCGAACAUAAUCCGAGAUGGAAAGGGUAAAGGAAUUUUUGUGCACGAGAAAGGACGAGGAAUUCUAGAGGGCAACGACAUUGCUGGAAACGCGUCAGUUGGGAUUUCUGUUGCUACUGGGGCAGAUCCAGUUGUGCGGCGAAACAAGGUGAGGGAGACAGUCUGGGGGAGGAGAGAAAUGAAGGGCUGA